GGUCUCCCUUUUCCUUAAAAGUUCCGUUAUAAAAGUUAACAUUUAAAAAUAUUUCACAUACAUUGCAAGACAGCAGCUGUUCGAGCAGUGCUGAAAAACGCCGACGCAUCGCGAGCUGGCAACGCUGCCAGCAGCUGUCACUUGCAACAAAAACAACAGGGGCAGGAAGAAGAAGACUUUGACAGCUGCGGCACAACCGAAAUCGAAGAAAAACAAUUUACGAUGGGCAACGCGCUGACGCACUACUUGAAACCGGACGUGAUGCCCGGCCCGGAUAUGGUGCCUACCUUUGACCCACUGAUGGGCUUCGAGUCGCGCAAGGAGCGUGUGAUGAUCGCCACCCAGGAGGAGAUGGAGUCCGCCAAGCUGCCGCUGGAAUUCCGCGACUACUGCGCUCACCUGGCCAUCGCCUACCAGGCCUGCCGCAGCGACACCUUCCCGUUUGUGUACAAGUGCGCCCACCAGAAGCACGAGUACCUCACCUGCGAGUACGAGGACUACGUGCUCCGCAUGAAGGAGUUCGAGCGGGAGCGCCGGCUGCUGGAGCGCCAGAAGCGCCUCAACAAGGCCGCCUUGGCUUAGGCUAGAUACCCCUAUACACAAAAAAAAACACCCCCAACAACACCAGGCGACGCUCCUGGCCGCGGAUUCACUGCCACUGCCCCAUGUUGCAAGCUAGUUUCCAGCGGAAAUGUCAAUAAACAACUCCAUGCUAGUAAUAAUGCGGAUCUGCUAA